AUGAUCGGGUGGCGGCGGUCGGAGUGUGUAGAUGGGGCCGCGGUGUUUGUGGGUGUGGUUGGUUGCCUCGAGUCCCGAGGGUACCGUAGCCGUCCGGAGAAGGGACUGCGGGCUGUUACGGUGUGGCGCUGGCUGGAGAUGUGGCUGGAGCUGCGUGGUGCAAGUAUCAGAGGCGUGGCGAGAGCAGAUGUCGAUGUGAGGGGAAUCUCCGCUGACCGGCGUAAACUGCCGGCGCGAGACGGAGGUAGGCAGCGGAAAGUGAAUGCAGUCGCAGGUCUAGUUGGUCGUCUGUUUCAGGAGCCGCAGACGGUGGGUGAACACGACACUACUUACUUGAAGGACUGUCGUUGGCUGAUGCUGGUAAACAGGUGGCGGUCGGAGUGCGUAGAUGGGGCCGCGGUGUUUGUGAGUGUGGUUGGUUGCCUCGAGUCCGGAGGGUAUCGUAGCCGUCCGGAGAAGGGACUGCGGGCUGUUAUGGUGUGGUGCUGGCUGGAGAUGUGGCUGGAGCUGCGUGGUGCAAGUAUCAGAGGCGUAGAGAGAGCAGAUGUCGAUGUGAGGGGAAUCUCCGCUGACCGGCGUAAACUGCCGGCUCGAGACGGAGGUAGGCAGCGGAAAGUGAAUGCGGUCGCAGGUCUAGUUGGUCGUCUGUUUCAGGAGCCGCAGACGGUGGGUGAACACGACACUACCUACUUGAAGGACUGUCGUUGGCUGAUGCUGGUAAACAGCUCAGACGAUGCUCUCAUUCUACGUGCGGCUGUGUUGACUGGAUAA